UAUAUGAAGGAAAUUCCCAUGAAAUAUUUGUCGAACAAAUAUUUUUAUCUUUAAUAACAUUAACACUUCAUUUAAAUGACCUAGCUAAAUCUGUACAUGAAAGUUGUAAAACAUGUUUUCAAUUCAUCGCACUAUUACUUGAUCAACCACAAUUAGUCGAAUUAGUUUUUUAA